CUAUUACUCUGCAGGCGCGUGAAGGAGAAGGAAACUCGCUCGGACCGUACAGGUCUUUGGGUCUCAGCUCAAGCCUUGGCUAGAGAGGGCGAAAAUCUCUUUGACUGGAACCUUACUGCAGGUUUGAAGGCUCGGUCCAUCCAUCACCGUGCAGGGAAUAAAGCAGAAGACACGAGAAGAAAAAGGAAUUCACUGUAUAUUUCUGAGAGUCACCACCAGAAUCACAGAACCUAGGAGAGGCUGAAGAUUACUGACCUGCACCAUAGUUCACGCAACUGCUGUGAACUCGCUUCAAUCCGGUGAAGAAAGGCCCUCUCCUGUCUGGUCAAAAGGCUCACACCCAUUCAAGUAUGGGUCGGGCCCGGGAAAUGGGUUGGAUGGCAGCGGGACUGAUGAUAGGGGCUGGCGCCUGCUACUGCAUGUACAAACUGACCAUAGGAAGAGGCAAGGGAAAUGAACUGGAGAACGAGGAGGAAGAUGAUUGCAACAACGAACAGGAUAUGGAUGAAGAGGAGGCAAAUAUUUGGUUUGAUUUCACAACAAUGGCUCGGCCCUGGAGUAAGGAUGGGGACUGGGAUGAACCUGGGGCCCCAGGUGGGACUGAGGACAGACAUUCAGGUGGGGGGAAGGCAAACAGAGCACACCCAAUAAAACAGCGACCAUUCCCUUAUGAACAUAAAAACACGUGGGGUGCUCAAACCUUUAAAUCCUUCAGUUGUGCUCUGGAUCUGACCAAGUGUGCUUUCAUUCAAGGAAGAAAGAUGUUCACCAAGCCCACAAAUGCUGGCUUUCCCCUUAGCCAUAAUGUCAGUAGGCACUGGGCCAGCCUCUCAGUGGUUGCAAACAGGAUCCCCACCCCACAGACCACUGUGAAGGAAAAGGCUUUGUGUGUCCCAGAAAACCCGAACACCAGUAUUGGAAAUCAGGGCCAGAUUGAGAUGUCCAUCGAUGAAGUGUGUCGAGACACAGUGUUACAUUGCUGCAAGACAUUUCUGGAGCAUGGCGGAUUAAAUCUGCUAAUAAGCAUGACGGUUAUUAAUAACAUGCUUGCCAAGCCGGUUUUAGACCUGAAGUUUCCUUUGAUAUCCGAGGGCAGUGGAUGUGCAAAGGUUCAGGGUUUGGAAGCACUGCUGGGUUUGUCUGAGAAGCCAGUGUUGGCUGGGGAAGUGCUGGCUGCCCAAAUGCUGUUCUCCUUCGUGCUCCCGUUUAUGAGAGGUGGGAACAGAGAGAUGCUCCUGGAGGCCUUCAGAGAGAUGCUCGUGGAAGCCCUCUCCACAUAAGCGGCUGUCUCCAGCAGAAGGAGACUGAAUCCACCCAGGGCCCCAGCAGUUUACUGAGGGCAGAGAAGCUGCAGUGGGUGUA